AUGCAAGCGUUAAAGUUCUUUGUUUUACUGAUGUUAGCUUUAGAGCUUCAAUUACAUAUUGCCUGUAACACAGAAAAUGAAUUAAAAUUAAUCGUUGAUAUUGUAAACUCUUACGAAACUCCUACAGCGGUCAUCGCUAAAGGAUGUUGGAAUAAAAACAACAUAACCAAUAUGUUAUCCAAAACGAAAAAUUCUAAUCCGAAAACAUUAAGAUUUGUUGAAGAGCCAUCGGGUCCUUUAAAUUGGAUGACAAGGAACCACCAAACCAUUAUUGUAGUCGAGUUAAAAUGUUUUGGAAGCAACGAAUUUUUAAAAUACGCAAAUGAUAAUAAAAUGUUUAGAUAUUCUCAGCGCUGGCUUAUUAUUGGUGGAUAUAUGAACGGAGUUGACGUGAUUUCAACUGAAUUACAAGAUCUCGACAUUUUGCUUGACUCUGAAGUAACUAUUACACGAGACGUAGGCGAGUCGGUGUUUGAGUUAUAUUCGAGCGUUUUUUGGAUGGUCAUUUGUUCCAUUUGUGUUAUGUAUAUAUCUUUUGGUAGCCAUGGCUCGAAUAAACCGGCAAUACACGGCUAUCGUUAUACCGCUAUGAUUUGUGACUUCAUUAAUGCAACGAGGACUAUGAUAUUCACGGACACAUGGGGAUAUUUCGUAAAUGGCUCCUGGAAUGGACAAAUUGGAUACAUUGUACGAGGAGAAGCAGAACUUAUAGGAUGUCCAAUGUUUUUUUCACUAGAUCGCCUGGACGUACUGUACUACAUAACAAAUACGGUUACUUCAGGAGUGAAAUUUGUGUUCCGGGAACCACCACUGUCUUAUCAAAACAAUUUAUUUAUUUUACCCUUCGGGACCGGAGUCUGGAUUUGUUCCGCUGGUUUCGUGGUCCUACUGCUCGUCAUGUUAUAUAUUAAUUCAUAUUGGGAGUCGAAAAUGCAUGAAAAUGAUGGGCAAAAUCAAGCAAAGCAAAAUGCUAAACCCAACUUUAGUGAUAUGACAAUGUUGGUCAUUAGUGCCAUUGCUCAGCAGGGGAGUUCAAUUGAACUUAAAGGUACAGUAGGUCGGCUCGUUGUUUUCAUUUUAUUCAUGGUGUUUUUGUUUCUAUACACUUCCUACUCUGCGAACAUUGUCGCGUUAUUGCAAUCAAGUUCGAAACAGAUCCGAACUUUGAAAGACCUUCUGGAAUCCAGGCUAGAACUUGGUUCUGAAGAUACUUCAUAUAAUCGCUAUCACUUUAAGGCGGCUACUGAUCCCGUCCGAAAGGCAAUAUACGAAACAAAAAUGGCUUCGAAAAAUAGUUUUAUGACUUUGGAAGAAGGAAUAAAAAAACUACAAACCAGUCCCUUCGGUUUCAACAUGCAUCUAGGCGCUGGUUACAGAGUAGUUGAAAAACUUUUUCAUGAACAUGAGAAAUGUGGACUUCAAGAAAUUGAAUUCAUACCUCUUCAAUCACCUUGGGCGACCUGUAAGAAGGACUCUCCGUACGCUCAGUUGUACAAGUUGAGCGUAUACAGAAUUCGUGAGUUUGGACUAAAUUCUCAAUUAAACCGCAAGUUAUUUUCCACGAAACCCGUCUGCCAAUCGAGUAGGGGUAGUUUUGCUUCAGUUAACUUGGUGGAUGUUUAUCCUUUACUUUUGAUGCUUUUAUAUGGAGCGCUACUGGCGUUUGCCUUACUAUUUCUUGAGAUACUUACACAUAGAUGGGAAAUGAGGCAACGUCAAAAGACGACGACACAGUCGGAAGUCACUGAUAUUUCUUAA